AUGGUCUCGUGGAAAAUCUUGAACGAGUGGCAUGAUGGAAAAUAUCAUUCUCCGCCGCUGGCACAAGCGGCACGCGAAGCCAUCAUAUCACCUAGCCCAGGAAAACGGCCAUCCAGUGUUCAUAGCUACAUGGGACCAGUCCUCUUGCCGGAGACGGCACUGCGGGAUCAAUCUGCAUACCAUGCGGUUCUGGGAAUACUCUUUCGCAAUGAGUUUUUCGACAAUUUUCUUGACAGUCUUUUCUCCAAAAAUUGUACGACUCCCCAUAUUGCCGGCUACUACGGCACUCUGGACACUGUUAGGGGCACCGCUUAUAGUCAUGCAACCUCUCAGGCGCUCUGUCAUUCAAUUUAUCAUUCCUUGGAUCCGGCCGCAAAGGGCGUUGCGCAGACAUCAGAUCGCCCUUCUCACACUCCUGUGCGAUUGACGGCAUGCCCAUGGUUUUCCAAGGCUGAUCUGAAUGGAUAUCCAGCCUACCUAUGGCAAAUUGAUCAGAAGCGAACGAUCAAGACAAGUGACCUGAAAGGGAAAAGGCCUCCAUAUGAGGUUCCGCAAAAUUCGUUAUUUGAUAUCUGUCGCAUCCCGGAGGAACUUAAAGCUCUCAAAGAUCUCAAUGCAAAAGAAGAGAUCAACUACGCAUGGCUGGACCUAGUUUGCAUCCCACAAGUGAGGACAGGCGAUUUAGGAAUUAUUGCUCGAGAAGAGAUCUCCCGGCAAGCAGCCAUCUUCAAGGGCUCAAGCAAAUGCAUUGCUUGGUUCAACUACAUUGAUGACUGGCAAGAGGACAACCACAUUUUGAACUGGUUGGCCAUUCGGUACUUGUAUCUCACUACAGGCCAGCACCACUACAAGAUACCUGAAGAUAAAUACCGGAAACUAUGGGAUCAUUGCAACAACGCGUCCUCCAAGCUGGGACGCCACCUGUCUCACGACAAGUAUUUUAGGUCAUCAAACGCCGACAAAAACAAUUUACAAGAUAAGGACGUGCGGUCACCUUGGCUAUCAUCGCUAUGGACACUGCAGGAGAUUUCACUUUGCCCGCAUAUGAUCCCGAUGUCUCGAAAUUGGGAGCCACUCCAAGCUGCUGCUGGCAGACCUAUCACGAUGAGUGAGCUGGUCAAUUUGGCAUCUGAUUUGGACUUCUAUCAACAUAAUCCUCAAGGCCAAAAAGCGGAAGGUGUCCAAGAGACAGCCGCGUCAUUACCAAAAUCCAAGCGGAACCCUCCAAAUGGUGAAAUUAAGUUAUCGUACCUUUUUGAGGAAAGUCAGAUUCCUUUUAGCAGUUCCAGGACUUCUAUCUUGAUACAGGGGAACUUGCGAAACUGCAGAGGGCGUCGGGCGGAAGCUAUCAUGUCUGCUGUGAAUGUUGUGGAAUGGUUCAAUCCUAAAACUGACCAAGAAGAGAAUCUUGUCCUGGGAAUUUACCCGCUAUCAUUUGUGAAGGAAGCGGCUCGCAAGUUUGGCCCCGAGUUCGCUAUGGCCCGGAAACCCAUUGGAUCUCCUGAUUCUUCCAGCGGCAGCAAGUUUUUCAGGCAGUUGCAAAGAGGCUCUCUACUCCCGUUCGAGAAGCUGGGAGCUCCCGUACCAACAACCGUGUGGCCAAUCCAAGUGCUCGAGGACAGAUGGGGCCCCGUGUUUGACUCAUGGGAGUUUCUUCCAUCUGGAUCUGUUCGGAUGAGGAAGGCCGCCAUUCUAGGGCAGAAAUGCUCCAACUCCAAAGAACCGAUUGCCAAGAUUACUGUUAAUGUCUAUUGGGGGGAAGAGAUAGCACAACCUAAGAGACUUACGGUUGCAUUGGAAGACUGGCUCUCGAAGCUACCUCCAAAGUAUUGUACCUAUGUGAUGAAGAUCUCUGAGGCCGAGGGGUUGAUCUUACAGGGAUUUAGCAAAGAUCUUUCGUCCUCUCACAAAGAACCUUUGCGACUUAUCAAGGUAGGGUGCGUCGAUCUUUGCGCGGAGAAGAACUUAUCCCUUAUCGAGAAUUUGGAGAGAUGGGAUGUUCCGGUCAAGGAGGUAGAUUGGAUUGUGCUUUAG